AACGAUGAAACAACAUCAGCAGCAACAACAACUAAAACGAUUGCUUUCUGGGGCAGUGUAUCCUUCUUAGCCUGAGUUGGCUCUGACCUUUAAUUACCUCCUAAUUUUGUCGAUAGGAACAUACAAUUUCUGCAAUUACAAUUUCUUUUCUCUCAAUCCUCAGAACCGAAUCCCCCACCCAGUCCGGCCCACCACACCUCACAUUCCCCAUCGAGUCCCAACAGCAACAACAACAACAACAACAACAGCAACAACAACGACGACAGAAUCAUUCCCAAAACCCCAGUGCCUUUCCCAUUAGCACCCCGGCUGACAUGAACCACCCACAAUAUCAUGGCUAUGGCAGCAACCUGCACCACCACCUCCACCACCACAACAACAACAACAGCAACAAUAACAGCAGCAACAACAACAGCAGCAGCAGAUUUGCCACCGCUACCACCUCCACCAGCACCACCAUCACUACUGAAGAUGAUGUUAUGGAUAUCAUGAGUAGCAACGACCACGGAAGAGAUGUCAAAGAGGAGAAGUCGAGCAACCACAGACGCCUGACCCUGCCCCGCCUGUCUAUAUCUGCGACAUACUCAAAGCUGGAGGAAGAUGGAGGAGACUCGGAGGGAUCUGUCGCCUCUCAAGGUAAGCAAGGAAUCGAGAAUCCAGGCUUUGUGGAGGCACGACCCGAUGUCAGGCAAUCUCACGUGUCAGUGACGUCAGAUGACACAGUGUCCAUCGCGUCUGAUACGCUAAAGCGGCGCAACCGAAUGCGCAGUGAGAGUGCGGCGGCCAUUGCAGUUCUCCGCAGCAGUCAGACAGUCGUGGAUGCAGAUACAGACAUGCUCAUGAGCAACGAUAUCUCUUCAGAAGUGGUGUUCAACGAACGCACAGAGUUGUGAUGUACCGUGGUUGACACACGUGUCUUGUUGUUGUUCUUCCUGCAAUGAAUAGAGAGUUGGAGAGUGUCUGAGCCUAGGAGGAGAG